AUGUCCAUGCCAGAGCAAUGCCAAUUGCAAUGCCGUGGCCCAUGGCGAAGCCGCAACCGCAACCGCGGCGGCGGCGGCGGCGGCAGUGGCAGUGGCGGACAGAGGAGAGGAGAGGAGAGACUCUGGUGCCGUCAACUUUGUAUAAAAUCGUGGUGCGCUCCUCCCGCGCCUCCUCCGCCUCCCUCGCCCGAGGCUUUUGACCGCGACUGCGACUGCGACUUCGACCGUGACCCGCUCCAGUCCGGUGAAUCUUAUUCUCCUGCCCAGUGCUCGUCCAGCUUCUUCUGGAACACUUCGUCCUCAUACUCCGUCCACCAUCCUCAUCGCGGGACUAGUCAAGCCAAACUACCCAAACCUUUUCCCCCUCCAAGCUCCUGA